CCCCUCUCUCUCUCUCCCUUUCUCCCUCUCUCCUUCCUUCCCUCUCUCUUUCUCUGCAGUCCGUGAUGGCAUCUCCUCGGCUGGAGACUUUCUGCUGCCCGAACCGGGACUCGGCGACAGAGUUCGUGGUCACCUUCCAGCCCGUCCUGUUCGGGGCUCUGAGUCUGGGAAGCGCAGCGCUGAGCCUCGUCUUCGCCAUUCUCCAAAUUCUUCCAAAGCGCAAAGGGUACAGAAGACUGGGACAGUAUCCUCUGCCCAGGCCUGCGUCCUCCUCUCGGAUUCUGUUCAUCAUCAGUAUCUGUGACAUUCUGGGAUGCACAGGUAUCAUCGUCAGGUCAUCGGUCUGGCUCGGCCUUCCCAACAUCAUCGACAGCAUCUCGGUGACCAACAACACUGAUGUCUGGCCGGAGGUCUUCUGCGUCGGCAGUGCCAUGUGGAUCCAGCUGUUUUUCAGCGCCUCUUUUUGGUGGACUUUCUGUUACGCCGUUGACGUCUUCCUGGUGGUGAAAACAUCUGCAGGAAUCAGCACCAUUAUCCUCUACCACAUGAUUACAUGGGGUCUGGCUGUGCUGCUGUGCGUUGAAGGAGUGGCCAUGCUCUACUACCCAUCCAUUUCUGAUUGUGAGCAAGGCCUCCAGCACGCCAUUCCUCACUACGUGACCACAUACGCGCCGAUGCUGCUCGUCCUCGUAGCCAACCCCGUCUUCUUUAACCGGACCAUAUCUGCAGUGACAUCUUUGCUGAAAGGACGACAAGGAAUCUACACAGAAAACGAGAGAAAGCUGGCCAAUGAGAUCAAAAUACGCUUCUUUAAAAUAAUGCUGGUGUUCUUCAUUUGCUGGGUUCCCAACAUCAUCAACGAGAGCCUCCUCUUCUACCUGGAGAUGCAGACCGACAUCAACGACAGCGGAUUCAGGAACAUCAGGAACGCAACCCUCAUCACCUGGUUCAUCAUGGGCAUCCUGAACCCCAUGCAGGCCUUCCUCAACACCUUGGCCUUCCACGGCUGGACGGGCUUCGAUGUUGACUUCAGCCUGCAGCGGAGGAGGGAGCUGGCCUGGGACUCGGUUUCUACGUCGGUCCCUAACACUGCCAGCCAUAACCCCAUAGUGGGAACUACUCUGCUUUACCAGAGUCAUGUCCAGGAAGGCCAGAAAGGCAUGAUGGGAAACGGGCAGCAACACUCAGACGCCAUGAGUGUCCUCUCAGAAGGUUCAGAGUCUAGUACAGUUGAAAUCCACAUUUCCAGCGAGCUACGAGACUAUGAGGAUGUAGACGCUGACGGAGAGUCCUUGGAGAACUCCGUGAGGCACUAGCCUGGGUCUUCACCAGUCCACCUCCCCUCUACUAAAGCUGCACGACAUCGUUCUUUUGUUUUAGAUCGACUCUUAGCCUCUAUUAUUCUGGUGAGAUUUUUUAUACUGGUUAUGGGAUUUCAUUAGCUGGAAUGACGGAGUUAAGUCUUGACUGUUAGUUUCAAGCCUUUCCACUUCCUUCUAAAUCUGUCUGCGGUUCACUGUGGCGCUACUUUACAGGCCCAUCAACUAUCCGGCAAGUGAGGAGUCCCAAAGCUGCCGUGUCUUGUAGCCGUCAGUCCACAGAACAAACAUGACAUUUUCUCAUGAACAACUCACAGGCUGACCUUUAAAAGUGCCUUAAGUGCUUGAGGAAACAUUUCUUCUGGCAAGUUCUCUGAAUUGGAUGCACUGAAUUUGUGAUGUCGUUAAGCUGCCAAGGCCUGACAGAAUGUAGGAAGCUCAUUAGUCUUUUUUUAAACAAAGUUGUUGUAUUGCCAACUGUCUAUCUUGUGUUUUUUUUUGCACAUGUAUUUUAUGCCUUAUUAAAUAUCUUGUAGUUUUGUUGGUGACACCGUCUUCACUUUCUUUGGAGGACAGCACAGCAGCUAUGAGCUCGAUAAUGAAAAGAAACAAACCACGAUUCAAGACAGGCAUGUUUUCUGAUAUCAAAAUAGAGUAAUUUAUUUGAGACACUGAAUGACUUCAACAGUUUAUCUUGGAAACAGGUGACAGCACCCUGGAUCAGGGUGCAAAGAGAGAUAGUAGCUGUCACAGCACUUAUUCCAUAUUGGGCUCCAUAGCAUGCCAAGAAUGGCCACCGACCCACAGCCCACAUGUCAGUCUGACACAGACGAUAAUGGCUCUCAGCAAAUUAAAGAAAAAAA